AUGUGAAUGCAUUUCAUUUGAAAGGCUAUAGACAAAAGCAGUAGUGAGUAAUGUAUACAUUUGUGCAAGUACUGAAUUGAAACCCACAGUUUUUAUGCAAAUCCUAAAUUAAGUGUGUACUCACCAGACACUUACAUAUAAGUCAAAUAAUAGUGACAUUAUCUGCUAAUAUACACAGAUGUCAUGCUCAGUGUUGCAUGUUGUAUUUAUAUUUUGUAUAGAUACAUCUUGCAGCACUAGAGUGGUUUAGAUGUAUGGUGGGGUUAUAAUCAGAUAAUGUUUCAAGUGGUUACCAUAUUAAUCUACACAUGACAAAUUAUUUGUUUGCUGUGAAUUAGUAAGAACAUGAUAUACAAUAACAAAAAGUGGUUUCCCUAAAAUGUAUUUGCAUCACAGCUAAUUCUCAUUCCACAUUACAUUUGUUUAUUCUGAAAAUGGACCUCCACAGAACACCAUAUGUUAAAUUGCUGCGGUAUCUUAACAUGUGUGGGAGAGCAAUUCUUUGUGGUUAGUCUUAAAUCUUAUCACUUGUACUUAACAUCCUUGUCACUCUCUUUUUCUCUCACUGUCUCUUUCUUAUACACCCAAACACACACACGCACACUUUUUUUUUUUUGCAUUUACCACUUAUCUCUCAGGAAACGUCAGGAAAGAGAGCAUCUUGACAGGUUCCUGUGUAACCAAGUCGUCUCUGGUUGUGCUUGCUGUGUCAUACACAGGGGAUAUUAUGCAACAAAAUAAAUAACUGCAUUCUAAUUUAAAAAAAAACACGAUCAUUAGUGUUCAUAACUUCUUGAAUUCAAGCCUUUUCAUUUUAAAAUAUGUUGCAAUACCCUGCAUGCACGGAGGUAGUGACACAGUUGGCAACAAUUAUUGGUUAUAAAGAUCAGUUGCCCAUCACUCUGAAAGUCAGAAAUAUAGGCUAUUAAAAUAUGUGUUUGGUUGUGAUUGGUGAUUCUAUGACAUUAAAACAGUUAUUUAGAGGAUACAUUUUUGCUACUUUUGAGUUUUGGGUUGCGGAAAUGUGUGCAUUUUUUAAAAAUAUAGUUUUUGAGCCCAAUUUCUUAACAGACAGAGUCAAAUGGCACCCAAUAACACAUAAGCAACUGAAAGGAUAAACAUUAGAAAGUGAGAAAAAAACAUGUCUCUGCUAAAUGUAAAAGCGUUGUGGUGUCAUGCAGAAGUGAAUUCUGCGAAAUUUAAAUAAGCGAGUACUGUACAUAGUUGUCAGCGCGUAAUAGCAUGAAACACAGAUAUGUGAGAAGGAAAUUAAAUCCCAUUUGAUAAAGACAUAAAGUCAAGUUUAAGUGCUGCAGGGUGCUGGGUUUCUUCUCUAUUCAUAUUGCAGUACAACACUGAUGCAACUUCCCUAUGAUAUGCCUGUCAGCUACCAUUAGUCAACUGUCCUCAAAAAAGACCCAAAAAAAUCUCCUUUUGGUAGCCAUGAUACAGUGAAAGAUAGACGUACAGUUUCACUCGACUGGCUCCAAUCGAUCACAGUAAAAGAGAGGAGGGAUGGUACACUAGUCUUUUGAUUAUCUACAGAGUUUGUUGACCUCUACUCAAGUUAGUGAUGUGAGAAAACACUAGGUGGUGACGCAUGAGGAAUAAAUAAAUGUUUCACAGAAUGAGGAACUAAUGCUGUCUGCUCAUGACGGCACAAACAAUACCAAUAGGUACUGUCAGUCUACUGUGAAGAAAUGUCACACUCCUGGUUAGCGGGGAGCAACAGAAGCUUCUGGUAACGUUACAGUUAAUUCAGAUGCUACAAGGAAGUGCUCACCAGCUGAAAAUAGGCUGUGCAAACGCAUCUGACAAAGAGUAACAAUUAGCCUUCAGCUGUGAGACGAGGAUUAAUCCUGACUGAAUCAUGUCAGAAAUUAUACUGGAAGAAAUCUUCAUUAAACGAUCUCAGCAGAAGAAGAAGACCUCUCCUUUGAACUACAAGGAGAGAUGGUUUGUUCUCACCCCGGAAAAAAUAUCCUACUAUGAUUUUGAUCCUGACAAAGGGAAGCGAAAAGGUUUGAGAGGAUCAGUUGACCUAGAGAAGAUCAAGUGUGUAGAGACGGUCCAGCCUGAGCCCAAUGCCCCGCAAGAGCGCACAUUUGCAUUCCAGAUCGUUUAUGAUGAGGGGCCGCUGUACAUCUUUGCAAAGACAGACGAUGUCCGUGCUCAGUGGAUAAAGAAGCUGAAAGAAAUGGUGCGCUUCAACAAGGAUCUCAUGCAGAAGUACCAUCCUUGCUCCUGGAUGGAUGGGGUGUGGCUGUGCUGCCAACAGGAAGUUAAACAAGCCAUGGGUUGCAAGGUGCUGGAUAGUAAGAACGGCUUUACGUCUAAACCAUCUCGGCGAAGGGGAUCUAGGAAACCUCUUCCUCCUACCCCAACAGAGGAGAAGCCUAGUCGGCCUUUACCUCCACAGCCUCCUGAGCAACCUACCCGCUCUGUAGGCAUGACUGUCAUAGCAGAGUAUAAUUACACACCCUUGACACCCCACGACCUGGAGCUGAGGAAGGAUGAAGAGUACACCAUCCUGGAGAUGUCUGAUGCAAACUGGUGGAGAGCCAAAGACAAAUAUGGAAAAGAGGGAUACAUACCUAGUAAUUAUGUUGUGGAAGCAGAAAAUGGGCUAGAAAGAUUUGACUGGUAUUGCAAGAAUAUGAACCGUAGCCAGGCAGAAAAGCUGUUGAAGACUGAGAAUAAAGACGGAGGCUUCUUGGUCCGGGACUCGAGCAAGGCCGGGAAAUACACAGUGUCUUUGUUUAGUAAGGGUGGUGGGGAAACUGGUGGGAGCUGCAGACAUUAUAACAUCUGCACGUCCCCACAGGGCCAGUUUUACCUGGCAGAGAAGCAUAAUUUCAACACCAUCCCAGAGCUCAUCAACUACCACCAGCACAAUGCAGCAGGGAUGGUGAGCAGGCUGAAAUACAUUGUGUCUAACCGGGCGCGGCCUCCAUCAACAGCAGGGCUUGGCUAUGGUGUGUGGGAGAUUGACCCCCGUUACCUCACCUUCAUCAAGGAGCUUGGCACUGGUCAGUUUGGAGUGGUGAAGUAUGGAAAGUGGCAGGGCCAGCAUGACGUUGCCAUUAAGAUGAUCAAAGAGGGCUCCAUGUCCGAAGAUGACUUCAUAGAAGAAGCCAAAAUCAUGAUGAAGCUCCGUCACGAAAACCUAGUCCAGCUGUACGGCGUGUGCACCAAACAAAGGCCCAUUUAUAUAGUGACAGAGUUCCUUUCCAAUGGCUGCCUACUGACGUACCUGAAGGAGGGCUUGAAGCAGCACCCAACAGCUGUCCAGCUCCUAGAGAUGUGUAAAGACGUCUCUGAGGGCAUGGCCUAUCUUGAGUCGAAGCAGUACAUCCACAGAGACCUGGCUGCCAGGAACUGUUUAGUAGAUGGCAAUGGCACCAUCAAAGUGACUGACUUUGGACUGUCAAGGUAUGUCUUAGAUGAUGAGUACACAAGCUCAGCAGGUUCCAAGUUUCCUGUUCGCUGGUCACCUCCUGAAGUUCUCCUCUACUGCAAAUUCAGCAGCAAGUCGGACAUAUGGGCAUAUGGGGUUCUUAUGUGGGAGGUGUACACUUUGGGAAAGCUUCCAUAUGAACGUCUUAACAACACGGAAAUAGUGGAACAGGUGUCCCGGGGCCUGCGCCUCUACCGCCCCCAGCUGGCCAAUGAAAAGGUCUACAACAUAAUGACAAGCUGCUGGUUUGAUAAAGCAGAUGAGAGACCUGCCUUUGAGGAGUUGGCUCUGACUGUUCAGGAUUUGCUGUAUGAGCUCCAAUAGAUAUCAAAAUAACUUAAUAAUAGAUAACAAAAUAACACAAUAACACACACACACACACACACACACACACACACACACACACACAGUGUAGCAUCUCCGUAUGUCCCUAGAAAGUUAACACAGUCAUUAAAAAAGUUGAACAUCGGAUUGCACAGCCACACUGAGAUCCUCUGUAAUGUGAAUAUGUGUCACUAUAACUCAAUUAUUAGAAUAGCUGCAUUUUUAGAAGUACCUACUGUCCUACAGACUAGCAAUUUCAAAUAUGUAUAUUUUAUUGGAGAUUGUUGUAUUCUGUGUAUUGUAUUAUGUGGAAUCAUUGUAAAAUGUAGACACAUUUGCAUGUGGAAACAAGCUUUGUGAGAAAAUAUCUAUUGCACAAAUAAAAGCCAAGUAUGCAGGGCUUUGAAGUGA